GAAAAGAUAAAGUAGAAUACAACAGCUGAGAGUCGGGAGAAAAUACCACUUAUCAACCCGAAAAAAGUAUUUAUUUUAAGCUCAGUACUCGUUGGCAAGGGCAAUUAUUUAAAAGCUGAAAAGUUUAUUGCGUAUCUAAAAAACGCAACGAAUAGCCGAACGCGUGGAAUCGAAGGGAUUUUCAAGGGCCAUUUUAGCAAUCUAGCAAAUUUUUACAAGGUCGUACAUUUUUGUCUUUGUUCCUUUGGAGCAGCUGUGAAUCUACUAUUUAUUCGAUUCAUAGGCCAUAAAGAAUCAAAAGAAAAAUGGUUAAAGAAACUGGUUAUUAUGACCUGUUGGGUGUGAAACCCGAUGCCACCAGUGAAGAGCUGAAGAAAGCGUAUAGAAAGUUAGCGCUGAAAUACCAUCCUGACAAGAACCCGAAUGAGGGUGAGCGUUUCAAAGCAAUUUCACAGGCGUAUGAGGUGCUGUCAGAUCGUGAGAAACGACAGAUUUACGAUGAAGGCGGCGAAGCGGCGAUCAAGAAAGGCGGUGCUGACACAGGUGACUUCCGCAGCCCUAUGGACUUCUUUGAGAAAUUCUUCGGGGCUGGUUUUGGCGGUGGUGGCCGGCGACGUGAGCGUCGUGGCAAGGAUGUUGUACAUCAGAUGUCAGUUCAGCUGGAAGAAUUGUACAAUGGUGCCACACGCAAGUUGGCCUUGCAGAAAAAUGUGAUAUGCGAUAAAUGUGAGGGUCGUGGUGGCAAGAAGGGUGCCAUUGAGAAAUGUAUGCAAUGUCGCGGAAGUGGUGUCGAAACCCGUGUGCAACAGAUUGGCCCUGGUCUAGUGCAGCAUACCGAGCAAGUGUGUCGUAAGUGUAUGGGUACUGGAGAGAUGAUUUCUGAGAAAGAUCGUUGUAAGCAGUGCAAUGGCCGAAAGACGGUAAGGGAACGUAAAGUAUUGGAAGUGCAUAUAGAGAAGGGUAUGCGGGAUGGACAGAAAAUUAUAUUUAACGGAGAAGGUGAUCAUGAGCCAGAUUCUCAACCCGGUGAUAUUAUCAUCUUACUCGAUGAGAAAGAACACACAACAUUUGUUCAUGCCGGUACUGAUCUAAUGAUGAAAAUGCCAAUUCAGUUAGUUGAAGCUCUUUGUGGCUUCGAACGUGUCAUUAAGACACUCGACGAUCGUGAUCUUGUAAUCCGUUCUAAGCCCGGUGAAGUGGUCAAACAUGAAAUGACAAAGUGUGUAUUGGAAGAGGGUAUGCCACUGUAUAAGAACCCACUGGAGAAGGGCCGAUUGAUCAUUCAGUUCGAAGUUAUCUUCCCCUCUACCAUUCCAUUGACAGUUAUCCCAACUCUAGAACAAUGCUUGCCACCAAGGCCCGAAGUGACUAUUCCACUUGAUGCAGAGACCGUCGAAUUGGAGGAAUUCGAUCCUAAGCAGCGCCGUCAGCAACAACAUCAACGCAUGGCAUAUGAGGAAGAUGAUCGUGGCUAUGAGCAAGGACCCAGAAUAGAGCAAUGUUCGUCGAGUUAAGCGCAUAACGCAAACAUCUCUCACAUAUGUUUAAUCGUUCAACAAAACCUACAAAUAAGCCGUGAACACGCAAGAGCACUAAAAAACUAGUUAAAUUUUAACAUGCAUAUGAGCUAAAUCACCAACAGAAGCAAGAGCGUCGAAAUAUCAAAAUGGGUAUUAUCACAAGUGAUCAUUAUACUAUAAGGGCAAAUUUCACAGUGCAUAGCUAACUCAGAUUCUGAGUUAACUACGCACUGUGAAAUUGGCCCUAAGCGAGUUAGCGACGUUUGAUGUGUAGAUGUUGUAUCCAUGUUUUGUUUUUCAAAAAAAUAUAAAUCAAUAAAAAAAUCUACAAAUUUCGCGAACGUCGCCAUUAGCUAUGGAAAUAAAAAAAUCGGUAAUGCGCAUACACAUUUGGUGAAAUUCCCUUUUUGUGAAUUUCGACGUAAUGUACUAAGUAAAGCGCAUUCAUUAAGGCUAUUAAAUUUCACUCUAUAGACUAAAAAUUAGAAAUUCAAAGGAAACUAAUGAUUUAAAUGGUUACUUUAACGGCAAAUAUACUAUAAUAAUACAUA